AAAUCACAUCUCGUCCCUUGCACACUACGCAGUUCCGCUAGCUGAGACAGGUUUACCCCUCUUCCGGGAAGCGUGUCUGGGAUGAUGGCGACAGGAAUCGACAUGAAAAUUGUGCGAGAAAAUUUACGGCUCGCGGAAAACCCUUGACUGGUAGUAAGCCACGCGGGGACGUUGCGGUGUGAAAAACGCGAAAAUAUACCGUUAUUGCGCGUUGUUUUUCCACACACAGACGCGGACCUGCAGCGUCAUUCAGUUCCAAACCAGAAGUUGGGGUUGGUUUCUUUGUUUGUACACAGUGGCGUGCACGGCAUUGGUUGAACGGUGGGUGGUGGGUGGCGGAGGCGGCGACGCUACAACACACAAAGCAGCUGGUCGAGUCACUAAACAGCAUAGUGUUGUUGUUAUUAUUAUUAUAGUAUACAUGCGAAUUUUAUUACAACGACAGAGAGAGGCAAAGAUAUACACGCUGUAGAAGCGCAGCGGACAAACAUUCAAGCGUUCGUUGGAACGGGGCAGCUUCGAAUAAUUUGCCAGCCAUCGUGCAAUCAUUCGCCAGCGAACGGUGGAGCAGUGAAAACCUUCCCGCGGUUUCGGAAGAUACGGUUUUUGGAAAACUGUCUGCAGUGGAAAAGUUUCCUCAAACAUUACUGUGAAUUUUCUUUGUUCCAAGGCAGCAGAAAAGUGCAAUCGACUGUUUGGAACUGUUCGUGGAAAGUCACACCGUGAUUAUCCGUUUGAGAUAGGCGGAAGUGAGUGGUGUUUAGUGGAGUAUUUAUCUAACUUUAGUGGAACUUAAAGUGUGACUAAAUAGUUCAGUUUUUCGUGAACGCAGCACAGAAGUAGUGCGAAUAAAAAUCUAUCAAUAUGAGGCCACCGUCACAUUUCGGUAACGACAUUACCAACACCACGCCUAAUGAUGGCAAUAAUAACAACAGCGGAAGUGGAGAUGAUAACAACAAUAAUAGCAACAGUAUUGUGGCUAGACUGACAGAGAUGGGUGCCACGAUGAUGUUCCCCAAGAUUGCAGGACGGGGAAUCAUUCGGGUCGUGGAGCGGUGUGAUGACGCCAAAGAGAAUAAUAAUUUAGAUCUCUCUGAGUGUGAGCUAAUUCAGGUACCGGACGCCGUUUACCAUCUGAUGAGACACACCGAACUGAAGACCUGUGAUCUGAGCGGUAAUGUCAUAACAAAGAUUUCGCCAAAAUUUGCGAUAAAGUUCAGUUUGAUUACAGAUCUCAACCUGUCACACAACCAGAUGGCUAAGCUGCCGGACGAACUGGCCGACUUACAUUCGCUGGAGAUGCUGGACAUUUCAUUCAACUCCUUCAUCACGCUACCCGCUGUCGUGUUCAAAAUGCCCAAAUUGCGCAUGCUGAUGGCAAACAACAACGCCAUUAUCGACAUCGACCGCGAUGAGAUCAUCACUUCGGACUCGCUGGAAGUGGUAGAUCUGCGGCAUAACCCGCUGAUGCCAAUCUGCUACGAGUUACUGAGAAACGCCAACGUGAGUUUCCGAAUCGAGCUGUCUGAGCGAGCGAAGGAAGAAUGGGAAGAUCUGACGAUCUGAAGUCCCUCCGCAGUGGAAAUAUUCCUGCCCGGUUCCAUAGCCAGUUAGCAUAUACUAGAUAGCGUAUGUUUAAGGGUACUCAGUUUUCCUUUCGCAACUUUUGUAUUCGUUUUACAAAAAAAUAGUACCGGAAAUCUGCUUAGCGUUAGAAGUGAUCUCUCUUCGGGAUAUGUAUUCAUGGUCUCGCUAAGAGCAGUUCGAUCGUAGAGAGAAACGUGUGUUUAUUGUAAAUGAUAUACCAAAACAGUUACGGUCGGCGACUUAGUUUAGUGAAACUUUUAUAACAGUAUAAGACUUAACACAAUUCUAUAGAGGAAAUCUAUUGUAUUUAGUGACUGUGAACUACUAACCUGUGCUGUAUUAUACAUCCAUGGAAGAACUCAACCGAGGUUGAUGUGUUGCCUGCGAAAUAUUCGGUACAUGAUAGAGGAUUUUCUGAGAAAGCGAAGAAUGUUUUGAUCUAGUCAUUCGGAGAGAAGAAUGCGCUAAAACAGGAUGGUGGCAUCAAUCAAAAUUAGCACGCACACACACUGAACUAUCAUCAUUUAUUUGUAAUUUUUGUAAUAACUUGAGUGAUAUUACUUGAUAGACAAGUAGAUUUACAGUUUGGGAAUGGCAAACGAUUUGAGGCAUGUGUGAAUUCGAGAACCAAAGGUCCAUGUGCAAUAGCGUGUCGAAUGCCAGUUUCGAACAAAAUUUACCAACGGAGAUUAACGAAAAUAUAUAUAUUGAUGGAAUUUUAAA